AUCUGACGGGGUAUUGAUUGGUCGCUUUGGAAACAAUUCUUCUACUGACACUCUAUAUAAGCAGAGAUAUCUAUCUACUUCAAUCUGCCAUCCAUCAUCUUCAUCAAUCCACCUCAACUGAUAUCUUGAACAAUCCAAAACCCCCAAAAUGUCACUCCAAGAAACCAACAAAACUAUCAUCCAAAAAUACUUCACCGAAUACUGGGGCAAAGGCAACGUCUCCGUCGUCGACGAGCUCUGCACCGAAAACUUCACCAUCGACUACCCCAUGCACGGACCCAGACGAGGAAAAGAAGCAGCCAAGAAGAUGCUCCUCGAAUUUCGCGAGGCCUUCCCCAACAUCUCAUUCCAGUCAUAUAAAUUCCCCCUCAUCGCGGAAGGAGACUACGUCGUCGGACGCUGGAUCGGGGGUGGGAAGCAUACUGGUGUUGCGUUUGAUGAUUUGGCUGUGGGGAAGUUGGAUAGGCCGAAUACUGGCAGGGAGGUGUACUUUUCCGGUACGACCAUCUUCACCCUCAAGGACGGAAAGAUUGUGGACGAGAUUGGGGAGGAGCAGGCUCUCACGGCGUUGCAGCAGUUAGGGUUGGUGGCGGCCCCUAAUGCUGGGAAGGAGGUGAGGUAUGAUGAGGGGAAUCAUGUUUGAGGUGUAGAACUACCUUCUUUUAUCUGUACAUUUGGAGUAGGUCACCUCAUGUUCAAGGCUAUGGCAUAAGGUUGACCUUCUCUUUGUCUUCUUGUUGUAUGGCCUAUCGCAAAUUGUUAGACAUAGCUGAUUGGAUACAUGGAACAAGUUCUGUGUCUUGGAUUGAUCAUUCUUUAAAGUCUCUCCUUCAGAUUCGAAUGGCAAUAUCGUCGAUGCUUAGUACGGUGUGAGUAUUCCUUCUGAAAAGAAAUACUAACGACGUCAGGAUACGGUUAAUUAGUUAUUCUCA